AUGCCAAAGUAUAAGAAUUUUAAGACAAUAAAGAAAUUAGGAGUUGUUAAGUAUAGUGAAGUGUUUUUGACAUUAUAAAUUCAAACAGGAUUUUUGGUUGCACUGAAAGUGAUAUAGAAAGCAUUAAUAAUAAAGGAGAUGAUGUAAAGUUAAUUGGGUUGGGAAAUAAAAUUUAAUAUCUUUUGAUCAUCCAAACAUAACAAGAUUGUAUACCUUCUUUCAGACUUGUAAGAUUAAUAAAAUACAUACCUAGAAAGUGAAAUUGUUUUAGUAUUAGAAUAUUGUUCUCAUGGAUAAUUGAAUACUGUUUAAUAGACUAAACAGAACAAAAGAUUCACUGAAAAGGAGGCAGCCCAAUUGGUUUAAUAAAUUACAUUUGCAUUGAUGUAUAUUCAUAAUCUAGAUCUGAUUCAUAUAGACAUUAAACCAGAUAAUAUCUUGUUGAAUUUUGGAUAGGUCAAAUUAGCCGACUUCUCAUUUUAUGUCUAUUCUCCAGAUGAAUACAAACAAACUUAAUGUGGAACAUUGAUAUAUGCAUCACCUGAAAUUUUAGAAGAUGACAUGUAUGAUAAGAAAAUAGACAUAUGGGGAUUNAAUAACAAUUUAUAUUAAACUGUUAUAAAAUAAAUAUUUUAAUGA